UUGUCGAAAGCCGAAGAAGGAACAGCGAUGCAGAGUCGGAACCAGGGGAAUUACCGGAACCCGUGCCUGACAUUGCACCAGCCACGGGCUUCUCUGCUCGUGUACGGGAUCAAGCGCAUCGAGGGCAGGUAUUGGCCUGCCCCAAUUCGAGACCGCCUUUGGAUCCACGCUGCCAGAAAAAUUCCAGAUGAAUCCACGAUCAAAGCCAUGGAGCAGUUCUCCAGGGAGAUUUAUGCGGUGAGUGGGAUUACUGAAAUUAAGCUCCCUGAGCACUAUCCUGUCUAAAGACUACUAGGAAUUCAAAGAGAGAGCUAUCCAUGUAUCGAAGUUGAUGGCUGUGUCCAAGCCGAUGAACGAGCUGGCUGGAAUGUGUUGCCUGAAGGGGUAAGGCUGGAAGCACAAACAGAUUAUUGCUGGCUCUGCGAACAGCCACUGGCGUUACUGAAAUUACUCAUUCCAUUUGAGAUGCGAGGGUACCAGAAGAUCUGCAACUUGGAAAAGAAGAUAUAUGAAGCUGCAGCCAGAGUUCUUACUAUAGUGGGAAGUCCACCGCCUGUGAAUUUUCCUCUUCCAAAUCCACGUGAUCUUUUUUCAUUGAAGCCAGGUUGCCUAUUACUACAUGUAUCUGAAUCUGAACAGAGUGAACCAGGGAAAUCAUCGAGUCUCAGUGCUGCCGUAGCUGGUGCACGAGCUGCUGCCACUCAGUUUUCAAAGAACCAAAUUCGUAGUACAUCUUUUUCGACGAGAACAAGUGCGAUGACUACUGAGAUUGAGCAAUCAUCUUAAUCUAGGGAAGUGCCUCUCUUAUGGUAUUCCUCUUACUCUGUUUUUGCUCUGUUUUAAUGAGCAGGACAUCCUUGGAUCCUGAGUGGAGGAGAGACUGUGGAUUUGCCUGAUCUCACCUUAAGAAAAGGUUCAUGUAUCUCUGAGAAGCACAU